UAUUACAGUAUAAAUACACCUGAAACCAAAACUUAACAAUAAUUUACCCGAGGAAAUUUAGUUUACAAUAAUUGAAAACAAAAAUGUUGAAAUUAGCGGCGUUUUUGGCGUUUGUUGUCUGCAGCCGGGCAAUGAUUCAGUGCCCACACAACGCCUGUGAUGCCAUAGACUGUGCCCCUAUGGACGACUGUAAUGGAAGAGUAAAUGAAAAAGGAGGUUGGUGCGGUUGCUGCGAUAUUUGUCUGACACAACUAGCUGAGGGUGACAACUGCAUGGGAACGAUGCUGCUUGGCGUUCCCUCGACGGUAGAAUGUGCCGGCGGACUGGAAUGUAACGUACAUACAAUGACGUGUACCAAAGUUGGUGUCCAGCAAGCAGCGGAUACCGCAGCCAAUACUCCUUGCUUGAGGAAAAAAGAAGAGAUUAGAAAAUCACAAGAAAAUGGGCUUCCCCUGAUCGGUGUUACCGAGCCUCAAUGUGAUGAGAACGGAGAGUACGCCCCUGUUCAGUGCGAGGGAUCCGUCUGCUUCUGUGUGGAUGAUAUGGGAACUGCCAUUGAGGGUUACAAAGCUGGCAUUGGUGAACUAGCCAAUAUGAAUUGUCAAUGUGCGAGGGAUUUGGCUGCUUACAUGAAAACUGGAUUGAUUGGCAAACUGUUCUUCUGUGACGAUAAUGGCAACUACAAGGCUGGCCAGGGCCCAGCUGCUACUACAACACAAAAGCCAAUGAUGUCCGGGGCUCAGACCGGAAGCGGAAGUGGAAGUCUACUAGCCGGUGUAUUGUCAGGAACUAACGUUACAAUGCCAUCAGGCGCAUGCUCAAAGGAAUUGUUGUCAGCCCAGGGCAGUAACUUGUUAGGCACAUUUGUACCAGAAUGUGACGCAGACGGCAAAUAUAUUCCAAGACAGUGUCAGGGUUCAGAAUGUUACUGUGUCAGAAAGGAUGGUACCAAAAUUGAAGGUUACUCCUCACCUAUUGCCAUGAAGGAUCACGUGACAUGUCAAUGCGCACGUGAUAAGGAUAUGUAUGCGACUAUGGGAAUUUUGGGUCGUAUUCACACUUGCAGAGCAAAUGGCAACUACCAGCAAUACCAGUGUCUGGGCUCAGUCUGCUACUGCACUGAUGAUACAGGAACCAGACUAGGGGACCAGUCCGUAUCCAUUGGAAACAUAAAUGAUCUGAAGUGUUAGUCACUACUAAAGGGACGGCAACCAUACAACAACGUUCAGAUCUCCAGUUCAUUGUUAUCUGUUUUUGUACCUAUUUUAUACUAGACGUUUUUGUAUUGUAAUAUAUAGAUUAAACAACUUACGGGUUAUACAGUUUUUUCUUCUGUAAUAAAUGCCAGCCAGUUACAUGCGGAGAGCUCUAUGUUUAUACAACGGUAGAAGAUCAAACAUCAAUUCAUUGAUCGAUCCGGGCUUGCAGAAUACAUAAAACAAUCAGGGCAACGAUAUAAACUUCAAAGACCCGUUAAAAGGUUUGUCUAAGUGCAUUCACACAAAAUGCAAAUGUAUCAAGUAUUGUCUUCAGUUUACGAUGCUGGUAUCCUUAUCUUACACUAUGUUCGUUGGAAGCUUCCUAAGUGGUUAGGGCCGCUGAUUAGGAAUAACUUGCCUCUACAACAUCGUAGGUUCUAGUUUUACUAUUUUCUUAGAGCAUCAAGGUAAUAAGCCAUCCAGUUGACUAACGGAAGAUCGAUUGUUUUAUCCGGUCCUUGGGCAAACAUCCUUUUUUUCGAUGUUAUAAAACGUCCUGGUUCCGAUGUUAUAAAACGUUGUGGUUCUCAGGUAAUAAAACUGAGAUUUGAAGCCAGUUUCAUGUUGGUUGUUUAUGAGGGCAAUUUCGAAAUCGACUGGUCACAUGACUGCAUACUGAGACAGGUCUCCCAACCUAACCGUUGUUAGUUUGAAAUUUAAACUUCUUUUUGAAUGCUUGAAAUAUUUAUAUCUAAUUGUAUAAAAGCAAAUCGGCAAAAUUACAUCAGUCUAGACGCAUUAUAAACUCAAUUACAGCAAACUGAUAAAUUUCUCAUUUGGAUCAGGACGCCGCCAUUCAGUACUGUAGACUGGUAGUUUUUGCUCAGACUUUGUCUGUUUAACGACUCAUGGUUAACAGCCUUAUUUACGGUACGUGUUAUUUCCAAAACGUGAGUGUUUUAGUUUUACAUGGUGUGGAUUAAUAUGAUCAAAUAUUUCUGAAGUCAUGAGAGGUAUUAUUCACGAAUAUCAACAUAAAUAAAACCAACGCCAAUAUUACCAUGUCUACAGUGGUGUAUCAAUAGUAAGGUUGUGCCUUACUUUCACCAUGACCGUUAUAGCCGGUUUCUUUACGAAAUAUAACUACUGGUCAUCAAAUUAUCUUGUUGAACAACCUCUAAGAAAUUCUGUCAAGAUCUUGAAUAAACAAUAAAAAGCUUUA